AUGGAAAUCAUGAUAGAUAUCGCUGAUUUAGAAACUCUAGCUUUCACUAAGGUAUUAGCUCAAGCUAACUGCAGCUGGGGAUCUUGGUCUCAAAAUAUCCAAGAAAUGGGGUUGCUGUACCCUCUAGUGGUAAAAAUAUGCAUUCGUUCAUCUUUGAUUUAUGCGAGUUUCCGACAGAUGGAGCAACAAGGUCGGAACUGA